AUGCUGAAUAUUGCCUACAAAGGAGGACCGAACAAUUUGGAGUCCUUCACCACGAAGAAUGUGAUUCAAUGCGAACCAAUAGAAGUUUGUGAACCAACUUUCCCUGAUGAGAUCGUAAUCAAAGUCGAUAAUGUGACGGGACGGGGAUGUUGUCCCGCGUGCGUUCAUUAUCUAAAUGAAUACGACUCGUGUAAGGUGGGUUCACUAAUAUACCGGUGCCGGAACGGCCUGUUUUGCAACCCAUCGACCAAACAGUGCAAUAUUCCGAGUGUGGACCCGACUCAGAAAAAAUGUCUCAUUGAAUACCACAAUAGAAAUCAAGUGGCGAAUAAGGGCUUGAAAUUUUACAUCGAAACCAAUAAAAGGAAAACCGAUAUCAUGUAUUACCCCAUGGAAUACGAAACCGAUUUGUUAGAUAUGCCCGACUGUGACGAUGAGACGGGACAUUAUAAGAUCAAACAGUGUGGGCAGGAAAAAUGCUUUUGUGUGAACCCAGAGGACGGACAGUUCACAUUCGGGUUGAGUUUGAAGGACAUGGCUGAGAACGUGACAUGUAAGUGCGCCGACCAUUUCCAUAAGAAAUAUAUGGGGUCGGAUGGCGAUUUUCGUAAUCUCGAGGAUAACGCUCAGAUACACAUGAAGUGCGACAGCGCCGGCAACUUUGAGCCCUUACAGUGCGUUAACGGCACCUGUUUUUGUGUCGAUGAAAAGACUGGUCAGCCCUCGUCUACUAAGGCUGCUCUGUAUGGCGCCCUCCAGACUUUGCCCUGUUUCGAUUUAGAAAAGAGUAAGAAAAUGAAUACAAAAGAAUCGGACCCUAACUAUCAGAAUGGAUGCGACAAACUAGUGUUGAGAUCAGAAUCCCUUUCACUGGAAUUCCUCAAAAAGGGAACAGAAUUGUCGAAUAUGGGUGAUGUCACUUGCUCAUAUGAUGGCAGAUAUGGAUCCAGACAAUGCAAUGCAUUCCAAUGCUUUUGUGUGAACCCAAGCGACUCGACUCUGGCGGGCAAUUACCGGAUCGAUAGGUCUGCGGGUAAGAUGAAUGAGAUGAGCUGCCGGUGCGCUCUGCAGGAGUUCUACCAGACAAAGGAGAACCUGCCGUAUAGUAAGCUUCAAUGCGACACUUUAGGGAACUUCAAUCCCUUCCAGUGCUCCAAUGGGGGCCGGGAAUGCUAUUGUGUUGACGAGAAUGGCUCCCGAAUUAGCAAAAAGAAGCCCACACUAUGCUUGGAUAAGUUCAUGAAGAGUGACAUCAAUGGUCUCCAGAAGGAAGAGAUCUGUCAGUUCAUGAGGAAGGCACUGUCCGACAAAGCCAUGGUUGACGACAUAUACUAUACGGUCCGGUAUAAUGAGAAUUGGGAUCUCGUCGAGAUCACCAAACCUCAAGAUUCCCAACUCUACUCAACCGAUAAAUGCUAGUCUAAUAACCAGUGCUAUCGCUGUAUCUAGGAGUGCUCUGGUAGGUUAUCGGCACUACCAUAUAGAUCACCAGGCACUACCAGGUUAUAGACUUAUCAAAAGUUU